GCAAGAUGGCGGAAGCGUGAACUCGUUGAGCUCAGUCGAGCGUCAAACAGUAGAGGAAAUAGUCACAUAGACGGUCUGUGCCACAAGAAUCAGCCAAGAUGGCUAUGGAAAAGCAGUACACGAUUAAGGAUACCCAUUCCAGAGCAAUCACGGCAUUGGGGUACCAUCCGCUGAGACGUGAAAUUCUUGCUGGGUGCGAAGAUGGUUUCAUAAAAACUUGGGAAGCGGAGAGUAGUUUACCUGUGAUGUCUUCUCAUGAACACCAAGGCUGGGUCACUGAUUUCUUGUAUUGGACAGAACCUAAGUUAUUAUUUUCUUCUUCUAAUGAUGGGUCUAUAAUUGCCUGGGCAUCAGGAGGAGGUGUACAUGACAAAAUGGAGCUUGGUGCACCUGUGUACACGAUAUCUAUGAAUUAUAAACGGCAUCAAUUAGUGUGUGGUUUCAACGCAUCCCUGAAAGUAUAUGAAUUAGACGAAAAUAAAGAAAGUGGUCAUGUUAUAGAUUUGAAGUCGGCAAUCGAGUGCGAAGAGACCCAGCAUACUGAUAUAAUACGAUGUGUUCUAUGUAACGAAUCACGAAUAUAUUCUGCCGGAUAUGAUGGCUGUACGAGUAGACGACAUGUUAUUGUUUGGAAGUACAAUCCUUCUGGUUGUAUCACAGCAUUGCAAUGUAGACAUAAUGUUGACAGUUUGACUUAUACUUCUAAGGCUCCAAUUUUAAUCUUUAAUGGAGGCAGUGAUGGCAAUGUUCAUAAAUGGGAAAGACUACAAUCAAAUCAUUUUAUGUAUAGUAAAGAAACUUUUCCAUUGGGAGAUGCUAAAAGUAAAGUGAUACAAAUCAAAAACAUUUUGAAGAAAGAAUCAGAAGGGCAGCAGAGACCAAAAACGGCGCCGACCAGAUCUCACCAAUCACGGGCCACCAGUUACUAUACAUUUAAUAAGCCAAUCAUGCCUGCUUCUAGAACUCAUCAAGCUAACGUUGCACAUCUGAAAUCAAUAUUUGUGGAAACUCUAGAUCUCUUACUUGUUGCUUCCGAAGACAGCAAUAUUUAUGUUUGGGGGUUUGAUGACGAUGCCGUCAAUGCUUUACAGCACAUGAAACCUGAAGGCCAAGAAGAUCUUAUAAAAAAAUAUGGUAUUUUACUUCCAAGAGACUCUCUGUUACUGCCACGUAAAACGCUACUUAGGAAAAACUAUUUAAAUGCAAUACACAAUGGUCAGGAGAAUGACUCUGUGACGAAUCGAGUAGCUGGGUUUGUUUGUAAGAAUGUGUUAAUGGCUCAUCACAGCGUUGUUACCUGUAUGGCUGUGGUGCCAAAAGAAUGUGGAUUUAAGACAUCGUAUAUGAUAUCUGGUGGUUGGGACAGAAGAAUUUGCAUAUGGGAUUUAGAGAAAGGAUUAUUACAUGAUUGCUUCCGUAAUACCAAUCCUGGAUCGUUUGAUAAAUUAGAGUUGGCAUGUGAUGGUAUCAUUAUCGACAUGGAUUACUCUCCUAAACGCAAUGAGUUUGCCUAUGCCUCCAGUGACAAAAUGGUUUAUAUUCGUAAGUUUAGCGAAGAUGGACGAAAGAUGACACUAUGUAAUACACUGCAGGGCCAUUAUGGCGAAAUCACGCAAGUCAGAUGGAAUCCCAUAAAAAACACUUGGAUUACAGGUUCUGAGGAUGGUACCAUUAGAAUAUGGUCAGAGGACGGUAUGAAUUGUGAGCAGGUAUUAGCAACUCAUGGCACUGUGACUGCACUUUGUAUUGAUAAUAUAAAUGGUGCAAUCAUUGCAGGUGUUGGCAACAAUGUC